AUGGAGCUUGAGCAAGCAGCCCUGGAUAAGCAGCAUUACGACCUCGAUAUGAACCUGAUCCAGUCUGACGCCAAAAAGUUCUGGGUAUAUCGCCAAAAGAAUCAAGACCGACAGAAAGCAGAGUAUUUCCACAAACUCGAGUGGCAGCAGAGCGUGGUGCAGGCUGGCAAAAAGUUCGGAAUCAAAUUCAUCAAGGACCACUGCUUGUUCGCAACAGUCAAAGAGGGGGCCCUGGCGAUCUUCACGAGGAUCCAGGAGUUUCAGACCCGCGCCGAAAACGAGCUGUACUUGAUCAAGGGCGCCAGCAGGGUUCACGCUGGCUACGUGAACUGGGUCGCCCCAUCGACAGUGACAGCAGAGUGCCAGCGUCAGCAGCUCAGCCUGAUGAAAAUGCUCCUCAAUCCGAACAGCGCGUGCCUAGUCCAGAUGCCGGUUUAUACGUGGAAGAAGGGCAUGCUGUACCUUUCUGAGGUCAACUGCCUCAAAAUGAUCGGGGACCGGGGCUUCUAUUUCGACAG